AUGCCUUCUUCCAGUUCAUCGGAGGGUGCUCCGCUCGCCGAUUACUUUUGGAUUGCAGGCGUGGAUGGCGGUGAGAUUCUGGACACGUUCCGACGGUUAGGGGAGGAAUAUCGCAUCAAUUCGGCCGCGUCGCCAGGUCCCGCCCUGAGCGAUGUCAUUCAAGAAGACGCAGAUGCAGAGGAAGAACACUCGGCCGAUGGCUCCUCUCGACCAAACUCAACGCUCUACGUGGGUUCCAGCACCCGGCGGAGCUCUAACCAGCGCCUGUCUACCCUCUCGCGCAGUGAUUCCGACCGGCGAAAUGGAUCGAGCAGCAACCGCAGUAGUGUGACGGUCAAGGAUACCUCUUCCCCGUUACGGACCUCGGCCAUGUUCUCCGAAGACUUUGAUUUCGACCAAGCGCUACUCAAAUUCACGUCGGAACGAGACACCUUCUUGACCGACCUGAGCUUGAGCGCCGGCGCCAUCACGCCAAACACACGCCCGCGAUCCCGGGUACGCACCCAAAAGAUCGUCUCGGAUGAUCCACCCCCGCCCACGGGCAACUUGCUGAGAUCGAGUAUUGGAAGCGUUCGCCGGCACAUGUCUUUUCGGGAUUUGAACAGCAUGAAGAGGCAGCCGUCUACCAUUUCACGGCAAGCUUCGGUUCGUACCUCUCGACGACUGAGUAACUACAAUUCAGUCAUCCCCGUUCCACAACCCCUCGAGAUCUCUCCGACGAUGCACCCGUUGAAACGGCGGUUCGAGCCCGUGCUUCUUGACCGAUAUCCAACGCGAGGCAUGACCGAAGAGUUGAAGCAGCGCGGUAAUUUUCCCGAUUACGUUCCCAUGUUCGCCUUCCCCAACGAUGUGAAUAUUGUGGCAUCGGAUCAGCGCCCGCGCUCGACCUGGCACGGGUUUGCCAUGACCACCGAGAAUGGCUCCAAAUUACACGCAAUCUGUAUCAUUGUAUGGAUUCCUCUGAAUGUGAAAGCGGCAGAUGAGCUCGAGAAGCGCUGUGAAGAGUGGCGGAAGGAAAACAUGACGGAUGAGGAGCGGGAAUUGGCAGCUAGCCUCGGCGAGCGCCUCGCGUCGGAGCGCGCCAAGCUUUCGCGGCUGUUGGCGCAGCUUCCAAAUGUGGUGUCGGGAUCUGAAUCUCGAGAGAAGCUGGAGGAUGAGAUCAGCGCGGUCGAGGAGAAAAUUGGGCUGAUGACGGAUCUGCUCCGGCCCGUGCGACAUGCCGCCUCAUCCAAGAUUGAAGGUCUUACCGAUGGUGAUACGGGAUUCUGGAUCCCGCGCGCAUAUGGUAUCUUAGGACGGGAGGCGAACAUGACCAGCUUCUGGAAGGAGUGGCUCAAGGCAAUUGUGGUGCCAAUGACCGAGGGCGCUGUGCAGCGAGUCCCGUCCAAUUCGACGCGCAUGGGAGUGUGGCAGCCUCUAGAGCGGUACGUCAUGAACCUCUGCACAGAAGCGUUUUGCCCUGUGUCCUCCAAGACCCAGGUUGAGCUGGCCAUUCGCGAAUUACGUCUUUUUGCCCGACAGGAGGCCGCCAACGAGCUUCCAGGAUCCCGCAACACCGACCUGUUUGCCCUCUUCCGAACAUUGUCUAUCGCGAACAUCAUCAUCCUUUUCGAGUAUGCCCUCACGGAGUCUCGUAUCAUCUUCUUGUCGUCCCAUACGUCAAUGCUCUAUCUUGCCACGAGAGCUCUCGUUGAUCUUCUUUUCCCGCUCCAGUGGACGGGUGUUCUGAUUCCUGUUCUACCUGCUCGCCUUGUCCAAGCAAUUGAAGCCCCAUGUCCAUAUAUCGUGGGAAUCGAGCGUCGGUAUGAGAAAGUCGAAUUGCCAAGUGAUGACUUUGUGCUGGUCGACCUUGACAACGACCUGAUCGAGAGUACUCUUCAGCCGACGCCUCUACCUCGGCACCAGCGUCGCAAGCUUCUUUCUCUUUUGCAGAUGGCUGCACCGCAUCACGGCCGCUGUGGAGUCCCGACUGGACCUCCAGCAUACGCCAUCGAGACCUAUCCUUGGGAUACCUUUUUGACCGAGAAUACCGCCGCAUAUACCGCAAAGGCACCCCCCACCCACUUGGCCAAGUAUGUUGGCCUCAACUCGGGUACUUUCGGCGCGGCUGCGGUUUCCCCUGGCACGUAUCAACCUCCCAUCUUCAACGCCUUCCUUCAUGCCCGCAAUGAGCAAAGUUUCUCCCGGGGUUUCUCGGCCAAGAGCUUCGAUCGGCCCGGAACAGGCUCUACUGCUCGUGCCAGCGCAUCGCCUCCGUCUCCACGAGAACAUUCGCCCACUUCGGGAUACUUCCCUCCCCCUACUUCUUCAUCUCGGAAUGACUCGGGCAUGGCGCUGCAGGCGUCCCUUCGAGAGAAGCGCUCGGGCCACUUUGACGCCGCCUCGCGACGGAGUUCGUCCUUUGGAAUGGCUCGUCGUCCUAGUGCACCUUUCCUGGGCCAUGCGUCCAACCUGUCCGUGACCACACUGAACGCGGAGCAAAGUCAAGGUGCGAAUGCGGGUCCAGGUCCAGGUUCGACGUAUGCCCCGUCUGUAUACGCCCAGUCUACCAUUGCCGCAUCUACAAUCGUGCCACAGGCUGCGGUGCAGUCGGUAGACCACAACGCGGGUACCGCGUGGAUCGAAGGCCACUUCUUCCAGAUUACGCCGCCCGAUGAGAAGAUGGUUUGCGCGAUCUGUGAUGAUCGAGCAGAGGAGGGCAUGUUCCGUUGCUCGCAGUGUAAACUUACCAUCCAUAAUCGGUGUGCCUCUCAGGUCUGUCUAGUCUGCGAGGCAGCCUUCCACCCGAACCAGGUCCGGGCUGCCUUUGUCCGAUGCUUUGCCAGCCUGUUCUACACCUACAAGAAGUACCUGAUCUCGGCCACUGGCGAGAAGAAAAAACAAGGGAUGUUUUACACGUUUGACAUAGACGCUUUCAUGAAGAGUCUUCCAAGCGAGCAUGCCGAGUAUAUUGCUGUGCUACAGCAAACGCAAGGCUUUAACGAGUUCAUCAGCGAACGUGAAAGAACCAAUCCCAAGUCCAAGGAUUCGCGUAUGGCACUUUUCGAUGAAAUCGUGCUGUCGAAGCGUAAUCGGGGGCGUUCGUCCCUCUUCUCUGGUCGAUCGACCACGGACUUUUUGUCAGACACCUCUCAUCAUCUCUGGCGGACCGCAAGUGCUUCAUUCUUCACCCCAAGCAGUAGAAGCCAGUCUACCUUGUCUGGCGAUUACAGCAGGGUUGCGCAAAGAGCGCCGGCCAAACUUGACACGAGUCUGAUGAAAGAACCCCGCAUGAUUCAUGGAGCUCCGCGAGUGUCUAAUGCGGCUAAUACUGCCCGUCGAAAGCCUCUGCCUAAUCUCAUGAACGGACUAGCGAUCUCCCCUCCCAGCUAA